GUCGACGCUGGGGAUGGCAGGGCGAUGCUUUUGGAUUGCGGAGUCGAAGUCCGGGAUCCCAAGACCGUCUCGUAAACCCCUUCUCGCUGUAGCUCGGUGCGUUGUCGAUGGUUAUAAAAGGACCGUCAACAGACCCAACCUGAGAAAGAGGAUCACCACCUUCCUCAUCAACAUUCAGCAGCCUUCCGGUCACUUGCAUUAACGUCUCGCAGCUGAGCAACCCCGCCAUUCAAAAUGCGUCUGACCAGCUUCCUCUUUGCCGGCGCUGCCGCCGCUGCCGUCAUCACGCCGAGUGAAUCUCUGGGCUUCACGGCACCUGCCCCCGGGGAGAUCAAGAUCAUCAACGUCACCGCUAUCGGCUCGGGCUGCCCUGCUGGCCACGCCUACAUCAACGUCGAUGCUACAGGCACCAUCUUCGACGUCGCCUUCGACGAGUACAUCGUGAGCGCCGGCCCGGGCAGCAGCGUUUCGGAUAGCCGCAAGAACUGCCGCAUCAGCAUCAACCUCCAAUUCCCCUCCGGAUACCAGUUUUCCGUGAUUGAGACCCGCUUCACCGGCUAUGCUAGCCUUUCGGAGGGCCAGACCGGCACCUGCCGCGCCGGCUACACCUUCUCCGGCGACAGCACCCAGGAGGUGGUGUUCCAGAAGAACCUCCUGGCUCCGUACGAGGACAACUACAACAUGAUCGCCGGAGUCGGCGUCGAGUCCUUCUCGCGCUGCGGCGGCACGGCGGCCAUCCUCAACGUCAACUCGGAAAUCCGCAUCACGCCCAUCUCUACCCCGAACAGGGGGACCAUGACUGUGAGAAACCCCUACAAGGUGUUGCUGGAGUGGCGCCGUUGUUGAGUUUGACGUCGUUACUGCCUUGUUUCGAGUUGCCCUGUUGUAUUAUUUGUUAUUUUAUUACCCAAAACGGAGAGGGAGAAGGUCA